GCGGCCCUGGGCUCACUGUGCCGCCUGGAGCGGUGGGCGUCUCGUCCUCGUCCCUCGCAGCGGGGCACGGUCGUCUUGUUCUGAGGUACCCCGGUACCACAGGGCGCUGACAAUGGCUUCUGCUUGGGAGAGGAAGUACUACUACUCCGAUCUGGGGAAGAAAGUGGUGCUUCUCCCCAGCCUCCUUCUCCGUGAGGAGUUCAAAGACAUUGGUUACCCCAUGAUUUUUGAGGGAGUGCUGCUCCUGGCCGAUGUCUCAGGUUUCACUGCCUUGGCAGAGAAGUGCAUCCAGCAGAGCGGCCCAGAGAGAGGAGCUGAGGAGAUGGUGCAAACCCUCAACGCCUACAUGGGUGACAUUCUGGAACAGGUGCUGGCUUUUGGAGGAGACAUCCUGAAGUUUGCAGGGGAUGCCAUGCUGGUGCUGUGGAGAGCAGCAGGGCCUCAGCUGCCUACGGCCAUCAACCUGGCGCUGCAGUGCUGCAGGAAGGUCCAGAAGAAGUACGGCACUUAUGACACGCACAGUGGUCUCAAGCUCCACCUGAAGAUAGGGAUCUCCGCCGGGAUGCUCUCCUUCAUGUCCGUCAGAGGCGGGGAUCGUCAGUACUUCUUCGUCUGCAGCGGAGCCCUGGACGAAGUUGUCAAGGCCCAAAAGCUUUCGGCUGCCCAUGAGGUAGUGCUGUCACAGACCUGCUGGGAGCUGUGUGAUCAGCAGCGAAUCAGGGCCAAGCCUCUUGCUGGCAAAGGGGCCGUGAAGGUUGUGGGAAUGAGGCGCUUAGCUCGCCGAGAAUGGAAAGAUGCUGUAGUCCAGCUGAGCAGUGCCAGAGGGGAGAGGCAUUUGAAAGGGACGGGCCUCCGAAGGCCGACUCUUAGGAUGUGCGAUGAUUCUGAACUGGCAGCGAGGCUGGAGAAGUACUUAUCGACAGCUGUUCUCCGGAAGCUUCGUGAGGACGUGCCGCUGGAGCUGUGCUCUGAGCUACGGCCCGUCACCAGCCUCUUUGUCCAGCUGAAGUUUGCUGACAGGAUCAACGCAAUCGAGCUCAGCAGCAGCCUCGGUGACUGCAGCAACACGAUUUCAGGCAUCAUCAGCCCUCACAAGGGUGAAAUCAACAAAACUCUUCUGUUUGACAAAGGCUGCACCUUCCUCUGCGUGUUUGGAUUUCCUGGAGAAAAGCUGGCCCACGAGAUCACCCACGCCUUGGAAUGCGCUAUGCAGAUCUUCCACAUGACCUCCAUGGGCCUGAGAAAACUCCAGCUAGUGUCUGUUGGGGUCAGCAGCGGGGCAGCGUUCUGCGGCUUCACUGGCCAUCCCGAGAGGUUUGAACACACAGGUAGGGCUCCUUUGUCUUAGGAGUGUGAGGCUGGCAUG